ACGACGAUAAAGGAUGUUCAAGUGCUGCCGGUACAGUGCUGGAGGAUCUGGGACAAUAUACAGGAUCUCCUUGAGACGUCCAGGUGCAGUGGAUUCGGCUGUAAUUAACAGUUUGUGGUUCGUUAGCAGCGCGAAAGAACCGUAUCGCCGCGACGGGGACGGAGUUGGCGAAGCUUCGAAACUUGUUUACGGAAGCGAUUAAGCAGUGACUGUUAAGGACGUUCCUACGGCGGGUAGAACGAGAAACGAUAACCUUUGUCCAACUGUUAAUGUCGGGGCCUCGAAAUCAGAAUCGAGAGCAUUCCGUCCGAGUUUCGCCGUAGUUUCGUCGGUAGCCUCGAAUCGUAAGAUCCCCGGGGCCCUUUUGUUCCGAUGCUCGCGGACAAGUUCUGACGGUGGUUUCCGGCCGAGACAAUAGGUGGGAAUUUCAUCCGCAGCUGUUCGAAUCGUUUGAUAUCGCGCCGUCGGCGGUCUCGAUAACUGACGUGCACGUAGCCCUGUUGACAAUUUCGUGUCCAUCCAGCGGAGGAUCUUGACAAAUGAUCACGCGGCUACGAAGGCUACCGAGCGGAACGUUUAUUAUUCCAUCGGCUAUUAUUCCCUCGACGAAGUCGGAUUGAACGAUCGUUGUAAAAGGGAACGACUACCAGGCGUUCGUAAGUCGAUUUCAAUUCACCCCCCUCGGGAUCGUGCAAAUUACAAAUUACAAAUUACAAAUUACAAAUUACAAAUUACAAAUUACGCGUCAGCUUAUCCGAGGAUUUAACGACUCGAGGCGAAAUGCUUCUUAAAAAAUUUCGAUGCAAGUCGCGUCGGGGAGGAUGAAGGAAUCUGGAGCACGUUCUUUUAAUCUUGGAUGCGCGGACCAAAGCAAGAAAGGAGCCCAAGAGGAUAAACCUACCCCUCUUUAAUGACGGAGGAUCUUAAAGGAUCAGCAUCGUUACUCGAGGAACGGUGGUCCCUUUUCCUCGAAAAAUACGGUGGAAAUAAUAGCGUGUCGGACGUUCGGUGAAAAAACACUCCUCGUCGGGAUUAAACAGUCCUUUUACGAGCCCCCUAGUUGGCGUUCUGACCUCGGUUACGCGAAAUUCUGAACAUUCGCCGCGAAAGUGUCCGCGUGCAAUUUGCGAGGAAACCUGCAGGAAGAAUAGGGGCAGAGGGUGCAACGGGGUUUGUUGUUCGCGUUGUUGCACCGUCUCUCGAGUUUUCGACAGUGAACGAACUCGAUCGAAAGUCGAGCAAGGGUGGUGUUUACGUCGAACACUUGGUCAGACAUGGCCAGGCUACAGGAUAACGAGACCGUCUUCGACACCGGUAAUUACGUGCUGAACGCUUUGAACUAUAUUAACAAGCUGAACGAGUCGCUCAAUUCCGAGGCGAUGAAUUGUUUGAAGCUCAAACACCAAGAGCUGGAGUGGCUGUCCAUGGGAGGGCAGGAGCAGGAGCAACUGGGAUGCGAAAUUAGCUGGGACUCUUUGCUGUGUUGGCCGAGGACGCCUCCGGGUGCUUUGGCCACUUUGCCGUGUCUCGAGGAGCUCAACGGAAUUCGUUACGACAGCACACAAAACGCGAGCCGCUGGUGCAAGCCCGACGGAGAGUGGAGCACCUACACCAACUACAGCCUCUGCCGCGACAUCCGGGAGCCCACGAUCGAGGGCGGAACGGAAGUCAUCUCCACAACGAUUUAUUUCGUCGGUUACAGCCUCUCUCUGUUCACCCUCAUCGUCGCAGUCUCGAUAUUCCUUUACUGCAAGGAACUGAGGUGCAUCAGAAACAACAUACACACGAACUUAAUGUUCACUUACAUACUCGCGGACAUGAUGUGGAUCCUAAACAACGUGAUGCAGGUUUCUAUGCAGCCGGACAUACCUACCUGCGUCGUUUUUCUCUUUUUGCUUAACUACUUUCAGUUGACCAAUUACUUCUGGAUGUUCGUGGAAGGCUUGUAUCUGUUCCUGUUGGUCGUGAAAACGUUCACCGGCGACAACAUCAAACUGAGGCUGUGCCUAAUUAUAGGUUGGGGUAUGCCGGUUCUCUUUAUCGCCAUGUGGGGUAUCGCGAAGUCGUUAGAUCAGAGCAGCGCAGCCCAUCAAAACCAGGAAGUGGGGCUAGGAAAGCAUUGUCCAUGGAUGGUGUCGCAUCCUUACGACUGGUUUUACCAGGGUCCCGCCAUUUUGGUCCUAUGCGUGAACGUGGUGUUCCUCUUCAUGAUAAUGUGGGUGCUGAUAACGAAACUCUGGUCGGCGACGAACGCGGAGACGCAACAAUAUCGAAAGGCGAGCAAAGCGCUUCUGGUGUUGAUACCUCUGCUCGGAGUGACUUACGUGCUCGUACUGACGGGACCCACGGAGGGUCAGGUUGCUAAUGCAUUCUCCUACACUCGCGCCGUAUUGCUUUCUUCCCAGGGCCUCUUCGUCGCGCUAUUUUAUUGCUUCCUGAACACCGAAGUUCAAAAUACUGUAAAGCAUCACAUUGAACGAUGGACCACCGCUCGUGAUCUGGAUACCGAAAGAAGGUAUUAUAACAAUUGGUCACCCCGUUCGAGAACAGAGAGUAUAAGAUUGUACUGCCCGCCGUCGAAUCUAUAUAGAAAAAGAGAUUCCUCGGUGAGCGAAACGACGACCACGACCGUGGUGGGUCUGAAUUCGACCACCACGUUUCUGGAUAAAUCAAAGAAGGCGAUCUCGGAGGAUCUAAACGAGUAAGAGAUCUAACAGUUCACGUUUGGCGUACGGUCGAAUGCUGAGGGAUGGUUCUGGUGAAAUUACAAAUUCUUUACAUGCGAGAAAAUGCUUCAACAACUGUUUAUUUGGAAUCGCCCAUUUGCGUUUAGAAAAAGAUGAUAAUC